AUGUUCUCCAACGCCCUAAAGUCCUUCACUUCCAACAUCUCCAGCAACUAUACCCUCAGCCCGCAGCCCACAUCCUAUUCAGGGCCAUGGAAGAUAUACGACGCCAAGAAGAAAUCAACAGGCAAGGCGGCCUCCGUCUUUAUCUUCGAGAAGAAGUCAUUGGAACCGCCUGCUGGCGCCGGCUUCGGCGGCCGCUCUGCAGCUUCGGGGCUCAAGCGGGCGCAUGAGGAGGUGGUUGAACGGCUCAAGAAAGAGGCCAGCUCGCUCGCUAGAUUACGGCACCCGAGUAUCUUGGAGUUAGUGGAGCCUGUUGAGGAAACACGCGGCGGAGGCCUCAUGUUCGCAACAGAGCCGGUCACAGCCUCGCUUUCUGGCCUGUUACUGGAAAAGGACGAACAAGAGAAGGCUGGCGGUGUUGGAGGACGUCGCAGUCGCUAUGUCAUCGAAGAAGCGGAUGGCCAGAAACGCAGGCGCGAACUUGAGAUUGACGAACUCGAGAUCCAAAAGGGCUUGUUACAGAUUGCAAAAGGACUCGAGUUCUUGCAUGAGAGCGCUGGCUUGGUACAUGCCAACCUGACGCCUGACGCCAUCUUCAUCAACGCUAAAUCUGAUUGGAAAAUAUCAGGUUUAGGCUUCGCAACGCCUCCAGAGAACUCCACGAAACCCACGUCCGUAACGCCGAUUUCACUUGCUGAAGUCCUCAACUACGAUGCCCGACUCCCCCGACACGUUCAGCUCAACCUUGAUUACUCCUCGCCCGAUUUCGUCAUGGACAACAACAUAACACCUGCAGCAGACAUGUUCAGUUUGGGUAUGCUCAUAAUUGCACUAUACAACUCGCCACACAAAAGCCCUCUCGAAUUCAAUGGAAGCUCUUCCUCGUACAAGCGGGCUUUUUCGUCGGCGUCUUCGGUACCCAGCAAAACCAACAACUUCAUGUCUUCACAGCCACUGCCACGGGACCUUACCAACGGGGUCCUGGAUCGCUUGAUCACAAGACGACCUGCGCAACGACUAGACGCUCGAGAGUUCCAGCAGGCACAAUACUUUGACAACAUUUUGGUAUCUACGAUUCGAUUUCUCGAUUCACUGCCAGCAAAGACUCCCAAUGAGAAGUCACAAUUUAUGAGGGGCCUACCACGCAUUUUAAACCAGUUUCCAAAAUCCGUAGUAGACAAGAAGAUACUCCCGGCUUUGCUCGAGGAGAUGAAGGACCGCGAGCUCCUCACGCUGAUUCUUCAGAAUGUGUUCAAGAUCAUCACCAUGCUUCCGUCUGGCAAAAAGGCCUUCACCGAAAAGGUCAUUCCCAAGUUGCGAGAGACAUUUUUGAAUCCGGCGGCUACAAAUACAAAAGCACCGGGUCAGGAAAGAGAUAGCCUGAAGGAAGCCGGACUCAUGGUCGUACUCGAAAACAUACAAGUGUCUGCGGACAACUGCAGUGGAAAGGAGUUCAAAGAUGAUAUCCUUCCUAUCAUCAACUAUGCCCUUGAGUCUCCUACCCACUCCCUGGUCGAUGCUGCCUUGCGUACCCUACCUGUCGUUUUGCCGAUUCUUGACUUCUCAACUGUUAAGAACGAGCUGUUCCCAGUUAUUGCUAGUAUAUUUGCAAAGACCAGUAGUAUGGGUAUCAAGAUUCGUGGUCUGGAAGCUUUCAAGACUCUCUGUGGUGGCGGAAAUGAACAGCAAGACGACUAUCAGGGUGACGGCCUGACUGGUGUGGUAGCGGCCCCCAAGGCCAAAAGCUCGAAUGUUUCGAUCCUCGACAAGUACACCAUCCAGGAAAAGGUUGUGCCGCUCCUCCGUGCUAUCAAGACAAAGGAGCCCGCAGUCAUGAUGGCCGCACUAGAUGUCUUCAAAGCUAUCAGCAAUUCAGUUGAUAGUGAUUUCCUGGCCAUGGAUGUUCUACCCAUUUUGUGGCAAUUCAGUCUGGGGCCCCUACUUAACCUUCCCCAAUUCCAAGCAUACAUGAGCCUCAUCAAGUCAACGUCAGCGCGUGUGGAGAACGAGCAGACUCGAAAACUGCAAGAGUUGGGCGCAAACAGCUCGACAGCAACCACACGCAACGAGUUCAUGACGUUUGGAGGACCAUCUACCACGAAUGGCUUCGAUACCAGCAAUGGGAAUGGUGAGGCAGAUUUUGAAGCACUCGUACGUGGUGGGCAGCAAGGAUCUUCUGGUGGUACAGACAUGCUUGGAGGAGACGCAUGGGCAAACGCCCCGUCAUCUGCAGCGUCUUCGACAAUUCUCCCUUCUCGCCCAUCAAACAACCGAGUGGGAUCCAACAAUGCAUCUCCAGCCCCAGCAUUCUCCUGGUCUACACCUCCAGUGUCUCCUCCGCCGAUGACGAAUCUCUCGGCUCCCAAACCACAGGGUCGUUCUGUCACACCGGACACAACACUCAAUUCGCUCAACUCAUCCUUCCCAGCUUUAAGUGCAGCCAACCCCGGCAUCGGCAGUUCAUCUUUUACUCAGCCUCAGCAACAAUCAAGACCGGCAAUGGGCAUGAACAGCGCUAUAUCUCCCAGCGGUACCUCAACACAAAGUUCAAGUAUCGAUUGGAGCAAAGCAACAAACUCCAUGUCCACGAACUCGUCUUCGUUCUCCAGCUUCCCUUCUAUGGCACCUCAACCAGCACAGUCUCAAGCUUAUGGUAAUCCGUAUUCGUCUUUCAGUAUUGCACCGCCACCUAUGAAAUCGGCGGCAGGCAAUGGUGCCGGUACGUUUAGUAUAGCGCCUCCACCGAGCAUGGGCAAUAGGACGGCAAGCUCAAAUAGUGGCAUGGGUAUGGGUAUGAAUAAUAGUAUGGCGAGUUUGCGGGCACAAACACAAAAUCAGCAGCAGCAGCAACAGUCUCAACAACAGAUGAACUGGGGAAGUGGCGGAGAUAGCUUGAUUUAG